AUGUCUUUUUCGACGCUGUACAAACGUGCCCUCGUGCGCUAUCCCGUGUUGGUGCAGUCGGUCCAGUCGGGGCUACUGAUGGGGGCUGGUGAUGUGAUUGCGCAAGGAUUCAUCGAACGAAAGGAUUGGAAAUCAUUCGACGGUAUGCGUGCCUUCAAAUUCUUUGGAAUAGGAUUUUGCGUCGGUGGUCCAGGAUUACGAAAAUGGUAUGGUGUACUUGACCGACACGUUGGCAGCAAGGGCGGUAGUAAAGCGAUCAUUACGCUGAAAAAAGUCACACUGGAUCAGCUCAUCUUUGCACCCGUCUUUCUCGGCACACUGAUCGGAACGAUUGGGUUGCUGCAAGGCCACAACAUGGCCGAAAUUAAGCACAAGUUGCGCCACGAGUAUGGAGACAUCUUGCUGACGAACUACUACAUCUGGCCGUGGGUGCAGUUGGCAAAUUUCUAUCUAGUCCCACUCAACUACCAGGUGCUGCUUGUGCAGUCGGUGGCAGUGUUCUGGAAUACGUACCUUUCCUGGAAGACAAACCAAAGUGAAGGUGCGUCCGGUAAGCAUGGCACCGUGAAACCAGUCGCACAUGAACCACUUACCGCUGGAGAGGAAACGGUUGCCACGUAA